CUUCAGGGCGUCGUCCUCUGCAGCACAUCAUUAUCACAAGACCUUAGAGACAAGCUCAAUGACCUCUCGAGGAGCAUGGGAGCCGUCCAUCGUCUCGACUUGACCGCCGACGUGACCCACCUGAUAGUCGGCAACAUCGAUACCCCCAAAUGCAGACAUACGGCAAAGGAAAGACCCGACAUACGCGUACUGAAGCCCGAGUGGAUCCACGCCAUCCGCAGUUCUUACAUGGAGGAUCAAGACAUUGACCUCGACGCUCUCGACCAGGAACACCGUCUGCCUGUAUUCUACAACUUGCACAUCUGUGUCACAGGCUUCGAAGACAUUGAGGAAAGACAACAUAUCAUCGAGAAGAUCAGGAAUAAUGGUGCACACUACCAUGGAGACCUCACAAGAGAAGUCAGCCAUCUGAUCGUCGCCAAACCCAAGGGCGCAAAGUACGAUCGGGCAAAAUCUUGGAACAUCAAGACUGUUUCCCUAAAAUGGCUCGAGGAAAGUCUGGAUAGAGCCAUGGCCCUCGACGAGUCACUAUAUCAUCCACUCAUGCCACUCGAGGACCAAGGUCGAGGCGCCUUUGUACGUGGUUAUCAACGACCUCCUGCACUCGGAAAGAGACGGCGUCAAGAGUCGGCCACCGAAGCAAAAGAAGAUACUGGCAAGCGCAAGAUGCGACGUACCACAAGCGCAAAGCUAGCAGACCACAGCCAAAACAUGAUGACCAGCUUCCUCUCGCAUGGGGGCGAAGAAGCAUCCGAACUCGUGAGCGAUCAGUGGACAGACAGCAACCAUAUUGCAACACCACCACGAAGCGCUACUCCUCCAAGUCGACCCAAGAUUGCCUCUCGACAUGUCUCGUCGGAAGCUGGGCCUGUGCCUCGUCAAGAAGAGCCAGGUCUGUUCUCAGGUCUCUUGUGUCUUCUGCACGGCCAUGACGAAAAGAAAGCAGCGAAGAUUGAUCAUGUCAUAACCUCAAACGAAGGUCGGGUGUCUCGCUCUGUCGAAGCCUUGCGCACGGCUCCUGAUGGCGAUGUACAUGAACGGAAAGUCCUCAUUCUGCCAAGUGAUUGGACAUCGGUUACGAAGGGCUCGUUACCUGUAGUUCCUCCUGGGACGUGGCUUGCGACAGAGUGGUGGCUAGAGAGAUGUAUUAAGAAUAAGACGCUGAUCGAUCCCGAGCUCGAUGUACUCAGUCAGCCACAUUUGGGUCUGCCGAUCGAUGGCUUCACAGACUUAUCGAUAGCAACCACUGGCAUGGGCUCUGAUCUGCUGCACAUUGCAAAAGUGGUCAGACUCGCAGGCGCAACUUACGAUGAAAUGCUGCUACCGAAAACAUCCAUUCUAGUAGUCCCUAGCAAUGUGGCCAAUUCGGAAAAGAUAUCGUACGCCGCGAAGCAUAAAAUCCCGGUCGUUUCAGACGCAUGGCUUUAUGAAAGUCUGGAAAAUGUACGGAAGAUGUCUUUUUCUGACUACGUGGUAACUGGACGAUCAAGACAACCUCUCGACCACCGUCCACUUGAUCGCUCUUCUAAUCGAGGAACGAGUGCUGCGCCUCCACAAGACCAGAGGUAG